AUGUUUAAUUCCAUACGAGGGAGUUGUCCAUAUCAGAACUGGACAUCUGUUGCGAGGGAACGAUGUCCCAAUCCUGAUCACUUUCAUUGUUUGAAUGACGAGUAUGGAAGAAUUGGAUGGGUUUGCAGCCAGCCAAUAUGGGUGGAGAAGGGUAAAUGCCCUUUUUUCAACAUUGGUGCUAAGGACAUGCAUUUCAGGGCUUGUUUUCAAACCAGAUGCCCGCAAAAAACGUAUCGAUCCAAUGACAUUAGUGUCGAAUAUGCUUGCAGAUACAUGACGGACAGAGAAAGUUCUACUAUGUCCUUCACAACUAAGUUCCCUGAGACGAACAAAAUCAACAUUGGUAUGGUCGUCAGUUUACCUUUGUUGACACUGGUUAUAAUCAUUAUGGCUGGUAUUCUGAUUUAUAAAUGUCGCCGACAAUCGCAAAACAGUGUUACUCAACAAAAAGAGUCAAUCAAACUUAUGCAAGGCCCUGCUUCUGAAACACUAAAUGCAGUCAAAGAACUAUCUAAUUCGUUUGAUAAAGCUAAACACUAUCUUUUCCGGAAAAGAAUGGUAGUGAUUACCGGAGUUCAGGGAUCUGGUAAAACAUUUCUAGCGAAAUCUUUAGCCAAUGUUCUGCAAAAUGAUGGGGAAAUCCUGGAAAGUAAUUGGAUGUGCAAUCUCAAUCAGCUACACCAGGAAUUAAGAGGAAAAGCGGAUAUCAUUAUUAUCGAUAACAUAUUCUUUGAGUUGCAAUCGUAUGAGAAGUUUAAAGAAACAUUUGAUGCUCUUGAUCAGUUUUUAAAUUCGGUUGGGGAACCGUAUCUUAUUAUCACUAUUCCAUCAUAUACAUGGGCGAAUCAUUGCUAUGAAUUUGACUCCAAGUUUUAUAAAGUGCAUGUAGAUUUAGACAAAAGAGAGGAGAGUGAGAAAUUAAGUAUCUUACAAUCUCUCAAGACGCAAUAUGAUUUAUCUAGCGAACAAUUGAAGAAACUAUAUGAACUGCAAAAUGACUUACUGGUAACAUCCUUGGAUGACCUUGGUUUUCCUGCUUUGGUUUCAUGGAUGUGCAAACAACGUAGUGUGGAAAAAUUUGAAAAAUGUCUUUAUAAUCCACUCCAAACGAUAAGAGAUGACAUAUCCUCGUUAAAAAAAAGCAGAACAGAAGAUGUAGGAAAGUUUUUGGCAUUAUCAUAUAUGUGUCUUAAAGAUGGAAAAAUAGAUGUUCAAAAUGUUGACCAAAACAUAUUUAGUUUUUUCAAGAAAAAGUAUGCUCCUCAAUUCCAGGACAACGACUUAGCGAAAUACUGUGAAGGCAUGGUUGGUUAUUAUCUGUCGACUGGCGUAGACGGCUGGUAUGAAUUUGAUUUAAAUGUCAUAGACAAAAUCGUGUUUGAUAGUUUGGUAGAAGAUACACGUUAUAGGAAAUCGGUUAAAGUCAAUUGCAAAGAUGAUUACUUUCAAUAUAUAACUGAAGAAAAUACUACUUGCCCUUGUGAUGAGGAUACAAAGUACACGGAUAUUGUUUCAUUAGUUUAG